CCCUGCGGGCAGCCGUACGGAGAAAUGAACCCCAGCACCCCCAGCUACCCCAUGGCUUCGCUCUACGUGGGGGACCUACACCCCGACGUGACCGAGGCGAUGCUCUACGAGAAGUUCAGCCCUGCUGGGCCCAUCCUCUCCAUCAGGGUUUGCAGGGACGUGACCACCCGCCGCUCCCUGGGCUACGGGUAUGUGAACUUCCAGCAGCCAGCGGACGCCGAGCGUGCUUUGGACACCAUGAAUUUUGAUGUUAUAAAGGGCAAGCCAGUACGCAUCAUGUGGUCUCAGCGCGAUCCAUCACUUCACAAAAGUGGAGUAGGCAACAUAUUCAUUAAAAAUUUGGACAGAUCCAUUGAUAAUAAAACACUGUAUGAUACAUUUUCUGCUUUUGGUAACAUCCUUUCAUGUAAGGUGGUUUGUGAUGAAAAUGGUUCCAAGGGCUAUGGAUUUGUACACUUUGAGACACAGGAAGCUGCUGAAAGAGCUAUUGAAAAAAUGAAUGGGAUGCUUCUAAUUGAUCGCAAAGUAUUUGUUGGACGAUUUAAGUCUCGUAAGGAAAGAGAAGCAGAACUCGGAGCUAGGGCAAAGGAGUUCACCAAUGUUUACAUCAAGAAUUUUGGAGAAGACAUGGAUGAUGAGCGCCUUAAGGAUCUCUUUGGCAAGUUUGGCCCUGCCUUAAGUGUGAAAGUAAUGACUGAUGAAAGUGGAAAAUCCAAAGGAUUUGGAUUUGUAAGCUUUGAAAGGCAUGAAGAUGCACAGAAAGCUGUGGAUGAGAUGAAUGGAAAGGAGCUUAAUGGAAAACGGAUAUAUGUUGGUCGAGCUCAGAAAAAAGUGGAACGGCAGACAGAACUUAAGCGCAAAUUUGAACAGAUGAAGCAAAAUAGGCUCACCAGAUACCAGGGUGUUAACCUUUAUGUGAAAAAUCUUGAUGAUGGUAUUGAUGAUGAAUGUCUCCGGAAAGAGUUUUCUCCAUUUGGUACAAUCACUAGUGCAAAGGUUAUGAUGGAGGGUGGUCACAGCAAAGGGUUUGGUUUUGUAUGUUUCUCCUCCCCAGAAGAAGCCACUAAAGCAGUUACAGAAAUGAAUGGUAGAAUUGUGGCCACCAAGCCAUUGUAUGUAGCUUUAGCUCAGCGCAAAGAAGAGCGCCAGGCUCAUCUCACUAACCAGUAUAUGCAGAGAAUGGCAAGUGUACGAGCUGUGCCCAACCCAGUAAUCAUCCCCUACCAGCCAGCACCUCCGUCAGGUUACUUCAUGGCAGCUAUUCCACAGACUCAGAACUGUGCUGCAUGCUAUCCUCCUAACCAAAUUUCUCAACUAAGACCAAGUCCUCGCUGGAAUGCUCAGGGUACCAGACCUCAUCCAUUCCAAAAUAUGCCUGGUGCUAUUCGCCCAGCUGCUCCUAGACCACCAUUUAGUACUAUGAAACCAGCUUCUUCUCAGGUUCCACGAGUCAUGUCAACACAGUGUGUUGCUAACACAUCAAUACAGACAAUGGGUCCACGUCCUGCAGCUGCUGCUGCUCCAGCUACUCCUGCUGUCUGCACCAUCACACAGUACAAAUAUGCUGCAGGCAUUCGUAAUCCUCAACAUCUUAAUGCACAGCCACAAAUCACUAUGCAACAGCCUGCAAUUCAUGUACAAGGUCAGGAACCUUUGACUACUUCCAUGUUGGCAUCUGCCUCUCCUCAAGAGCAAAAGCAAAUGUUGGGUGAACAGCUGUUUCCUCUUAUUCAAGCCAUGCACCCUACUCUUGCUCACAAAAUCACUGGCAUGUUGUUGGAGAUUGAUAAUUCAGAACUUCUUCAUAUGCUUGAGUCUCCAGAGUCUCUCCGUUGUAAGGUUGAGGAAGCUGUGGCUGUACUACAAGCCCACCAAGCUAAAGAGGCUGCCCAGAAAGUGGUUAACAAUGCCACGGGUGUUCCAACUGUUUAAAAUUGAUCAGGGGCCACGAAAAGAAACUCGUGCUUCACCGAAGAAAAAUAUCUAAACAUCGAAAAAACUUAAAUAUUGUGGGAAAAAAACAUUGCAAAAUAUAAAAUAAA